AUGACUGACUCAGAAUCAUAUUUGAAUUCAACAUCCUCGAGUAUUCAUUCAGACUCAGACUUGGCAGAUGAAAGCAAUCGUGACCAGCCUGUUGCUCCACCAAGCGAAGGUGCUUCCAUAGAGCAUUACCAAGAGUAUAUUAAAUACCUUCAGCUUCAGCAUGGCAAGCUUCAGCAGUGCAAUGCAAUGCUGAAUGAGAACAAUAAUGUCCUCAAUGCACAAGAGCUGAAACAUUCUUGCAAGCACCCUCCUAAAGUGUCGUCCUCCAAUACGAUAUCUUCAGCAUUCCAACUGUCAUCCACAGGCCCAUCUACAGCAAGCGCUUCAUCUAAGACUAGUGACACCGAGAAGCUCGUUCUCAGUGUGGCAAAGAAGUAUUCAAUAACUACUGAAAUGUUGCUUCCCGACAAGGUCAUUUUUCAAACCAAUUGUCCUGACCCUCCAGCCGAAAUUUCGAACCCAAAUUGUUACACUAAGAAGUCAACGGAGAAGGACACACUUGUAACCAAGCUCUACACAUCCAUUGAUUUUGUGUUGCACCCUCACAUGCAAACAAAUGCUUUUUAUAACCAGUUUGGAACUGGAAUGCAGCAAGCUCAGUCAUCAUUCAUCAAUGGGCUAUGUUCCGUGGCAGGUAGUAUAUUCAACAUGCCAAAUGAGUAUUUCAUGUCAAAAUUCGACCGUAACUCUGUCCCACAAGUCACACAAUUGAUCGGAUGGGAAACAGGCAAGGGGAAGGCAUAUGAUGUUUUCAAGGUGCCAAUCCUCUAUCCUGACCAUGUCGUCAAUGAGAAGAGAGUAUUUAGAAAUUGGUUGGUGUUUGCCAAGGUUAUCAAGGUUGCAGUCUGCGGCAGAAUGUCAUUAUUUCCAAAGGCAUGUGGUGGCCCACCUCCCUACGCCAAGAUAUGGCAGCUCACCAGCUGUACUCCUGGCCUAAUUGCCUUUGGCAUCACAUCUAUGAUCUUUGUCCUGUCUCCUGAUCAAGAAUUCUCAGGAGAUGGUGUUGGGGCCAUAUCUUCAAUCCCAUACUACUCAGUCCUCCAAACUAUCAAGAAAAUUUUUGUUCUCAAAUGGGGACAUGAUCACAUCAAAACUAUUGUACAACAAAUCAAUACUUAUGUCUUUGACAGCGCUGUCAAGGAACAGCUGGAUACUCCAGGCACUACAGUGGAGGAUGUUACUGAUUCACUUGAUUGUAUUAUGGCCGCACUUGAUGAUGAAAGUGACUCAGAUGGGGCCUCAUUACACACUGAAACUCAUGUUAAAAUUGGAACACGCCACCAAUCUCCUACUGUUUCACUUCCCCCUGAACCUGCAGUACCUUCUGUGUCUGAACCAUCCAUCUCAACUCCAAGUCAGAGUCUCCCCACUGCUAUGGCCCCAUGUGCGGCUACUGCAUCAGCUGACAUCCAAGGUGUUGAAGGGAUCUCUGAGGUGCUAGCGGUGGCAGAUACCAAGGUGCAGAAGAAGGCAGCCAGGGGAAAGAGGGCCAAGGCUUCUGUCAAUGACACUGAUGUUCACCACUCUUCCCACAAUACCACAACGAAAUGAUAGCUAUUGUUGUUUGUAGGUCUUCUUAUCAUGAAUC